CAGAUUCGCCCUGUGCGAAACUCCAAAUCCGUGCCGUUAUCGUCUCCUUAUAUCCUUCGUCAUCUUCCUCGCAGAACCCUAGAGCGCCUCCUAGUGUUCCGCUGCCUGCAAAUAGGGUUUUUGUGGACGGCGCUUCCAACUUCUCAUUCAGGAUGUAUACUUCAAGGAAGAAGAUCCACAAGGACAAGGAUGUCGAACCCUCCGAGUUCGAGGAGUCUGUCGCUCAGGCACUCUUCGAUUUGGAGAACACGAACCAAGAGCUAAAAAGUGACUUGAAGGAUCUGUAUGUUAACGCAGCCACUCAAAUUGACGUUUCUGGGAACCGCAAGGCUGUCGUGAUCCAUGUCCCGUACCGACUUAGGAAGGCGUACCGCAAGAUUCAUGUUAGGCUCGUUAGAGAGCUCGAAAAGAAGUUCAGCGGAAAGGAUGUGAUUUUGAUUGCCACACGGAGGAUAUUGAGACCUCCGAAGAAAGGUUCUGCCGCUCAGCGUCCCAGGAGCCGGACACUCACUUCUGUGCACGAGGCAAUGCUCGAGGAUAUUGUUCUGCCAGCUGAGAUUGUUGGCAAGCGUGUCAGAUACAGACUCGAUGGAUCCAAGGUCAUGAAGAUUUUCUUGGACCCGAAGGAGCGGAACAACACUGAGUACAAGCUAGAGUCAUUCUCUGCAGUCUACAGGAAGCUUGCUGGGAAGGACGUUGUGUUCGAGUACCCGAUCACCGAGGCAUAGAUCAUGUGAUUUUGCAGACUAUAGAUGUUUCCGCCUGUCCAAUCAAAUCAUAUUUUCCAAAUUUUGGCAUUAACUACUAGAGUGAUUUCGCAGACUUAUGUUGUGGACGAACCAUUUAAACGUUGUUUCUCAUGCUAUUAUUACCCAUCAAUUAUGUCCAUUUUCAGUUGCAAUGGUUUAGUUCA